AUCCUUCAGGUAACAUGAGCCCCCAGGUUCUGGCCGGGGCGGCCCCGCCGCGGCUGGCUCUGCCCCUGCACCUGCUGUGCCUGCUGUGCCUGCUGUGCGACCGCUGCCUGCGCGCUGAUCCCGGGGAUGGCGCACAGACUUGGGUCCGCUUCGCCCGCACUCCGUCGCCCGAGGCCGCGGGCUUCCUCCACGACACCUUCCCCGACGGCUUCCUCUGGGCAGUGGGCAGCGCUGCCUACCAGACGGAGGGCGGCUGGAGGCAGCAUGGCAAGGGCGCCUCUAUCUGGGACACCUUUACCCACCGCCCCUCUGCACCCCCGGUGGACCUCCUGCCCCAACUCGCAGCCCCAUCUCACUCCUGGCCCUCACAACCGUCUCUGCCGCCGGCUCCUCCCGGUCCCGCUACUGGGGACGUGGCCGGCGACAGUUACAACCAUAUCUUCCGCGACACCGAGGGGCUACGCGAGCUCGGGGUCACCCACUACCGCUUCUCCAUCUCGUGGGCUCGCGUGCUGCCCGGUGGUGGCGGCGUGGGCGCCGGGUCCCCCAACCUCGAGGGGCUGCGCUACUACCGGCGCCUGCUGGAGCGGCUGCGCCAACUCCGCGUGGAGCCCGUGGUCACCCUGUACCACUGGGACUUGCCGCAGCGCCUACAGGACAUCUACGGAGGCUGGGCCAACAGCACAGUGGCCGACUUCUUCAGGGACUAUGCCGAGCUCUGCUUCCGCCACUUUGGCGACCAGGUCAAGUACUGGAUCACCAUCGACAACCCCUACGUGGUGGCCUGGCACGGCUAUGCCACAGGGAGGCUUGCUCCUGGUGUGCGGGGCAACCGGCGGCUUGGCUACCAGGUGGCCCACAACCUGCUCCUGGCCCAUGCUAAAGUCUGGCAUCUCUACAAUACAUCUUUUCGUUCAACUCAAGGAGGACAAGUGUCUAUUGCACUUAGUUCCCACUGGAUCAGUCCCCGAAAGAUGACUGAACAUGAUUUAAAAGAAUGUCAAAAAUCUCUUGACUUUGUAUUGGGCUGGUUUGCUAAACCAAUUUUCAUUGAUGGUGACUACCCACAGAGCAUGAAGGAAAACCUUUCAUCUCUUUUGCCAAAUUUUACUGAAUCUGAGAAAAAUUUCAUCAAGGGAACAGCUGACUUUUUCGCACUUUCCUUUGGCCCAACCCUGAGUUUUCAGCUCUUGGACCCUCAUAUGAAGUUUCGACAAUUAGAAUCACCAAGUCUGAGGCAGCUCCUUUCCUGGAUAGACCUUGAAUAUAACCAUCCUCAGAUUUUCAUUGUGGAGAACGGCUGGUUUGUUUCAGGCACCACCAAGAGGGAUGAUGCCAAGUACAUGUAUUACCUCAAAAAGUUCAUUAUGGAAACUUUAAAAGCCAUCAAAUAUGAUGGAGUCGAAGUCAUUGGUUAUACUGUUUGGUCCCUCAUGGAUGGCUUUGAAUGGCACAGAGGAUACAGCAUUAGACGUGGAUUAUUUUACAUAGAUUUCCUAAGUCAUGAUAAGAAGCUGCUGCCAAAGUCUUCAGCCUUGUUUUACCAAAAGCUGAUAGAAAGAAAUGGCUUCCCUUCUUUACCAGAAAAUCUACCAAUAGAAGGGACAUUUCCUUGUGGCUUUGCUUGGGGAGUUGUUGACAACUACAUUCAAGUAGAUACAACUCCUUCCCAGUUUAACGAUCCAAAUGUUUAUGUCUGGGAUAUUCAUCAGAGUAAAAAGCUUAUUAAAGUUGAUGGGGUUGUGACUUCAAAAAGGAAGACUCAUUGUGUGGAUUUUGCUGCCAUCAGGCUCCAGAUUUCUCUGCUUCGGGAAAUACAUGUAACUCAUUUUUACUUCUCACUGCAGUGGGCCCAGAUUCUUCCUUUGGGGAACCAGUCUCAAGUCAAUCAUACAAUCUUACAUUAUUAUCGCUGUUUUGUAAGUGAACUCGUCCGUGUUAACAUAACACCUGUUGUUGCAUUAUGGCAACCAGCCCCUGACCAUCAAGGUCUUCCCCUUCUUUUAGCCAAACAUGGAGCCUGGGAGAACCCCCUAAUUGUCAAUUUUUUUGAAGAAUAUGCUAGGCUGUGUUUUAAAGAACUUGGCCAGUUUGUUAAGUUUUGGAUUACAAUGAAUGAACCUCAUAUACAGAAUAUGACGUAUAAUGCAGGACAUAAUCUUUUGAAGGCCCAUGCACAAGCUUGGCAUAUGUAUGAUCAGCAUUUUAGAAAAUCUCAGAAAGGCAAAAUAUCAAUUGCCUUACAGGCCGAUUGGGUCGAGCCAGCCUGCCCUUUCUCACAAAAAGAUAAAGAAGUAGCUGAGAGAGUUUUGGAAUUUGACAUUGGCUGGCUUGCUGAACCCAUCUUUGGCACUGGUGACUAUCCACAUGUUAUGAGAAAGUGGCUGAACCAAAGAAACAAUUUCUUUUUGCCUUAUUUCACUGAAAGUGAAAAGAAGCUAAUACAGGGAUCAUUUGAUUUUCUUGCUUUGAGUCAUUACACCACUAUCCUUGUGGACUCGGAAAAAGAGGAUCCAGCGAAAUAUAAUGACUAUCUAGAAGUACAAGAAAUGACAGACAGCACAUGGCUAAACUCACCAAGUAGGGUGGCUGUGGUACCCUGGGGAUUACGCAAGAUACUUAACUGGUUUAAGUCCAAGUAUGGAGACAUUCCUAUGUACAUAAUAGCUAAUGGAAUUGAUGAUGAUCCACAUGUGAUACAAGACAAGAUGAGGAUGUAUUAUAUACAGAAUUAUGUCAAUGAAGCUUUAAAAGCCCAUGCCUUGGACGGUGUCAGACUUUAUGGAUACUUUGUUUAUUCAUUUAAUGACCGAACUGCUCCCAAGUUUGGCCUCUACCGUUAUGCUGCCAAUCAGUUUGAGCCAAAACCUUCAAUGAAUCAUUACAGGAAAAUUAUUGACAACAAUGGUUUUCCCGGACCUGAAACUCUGAGAAGAUUUUGUCCAGAAGAAUUCGUCCUGUGCCCUGACUGUAAUUUUUUUCAGACUCGAAAGUCUUUAUUAGCAUUUAUAGCUUUUCUAUUUUUUGCAUUUAUUGCCAGUAUGUCCCUAAUUUUUUACUACUCUAGGAGAAGUUAA